ACUAGCAUGAUAUAUUUUAAAUAUUUAUGCUAGAUAACACAUUUAUAGGAACCCUAAAUGUGAUUUGUAUUAAUUUGAAAAUUGAACCAGUAUAGGAACCCUAAUAUGAUUCUAAACCUAGUCCACGCAGAGCUAGCUACAACCAACCGGGAACUGCCCUUGUUUGGUUACUUAACAAAUUCCAAAAACUCCAACUUUCAAGCAUACCCUGCUUGUAUCGAAGGCUUCAUGCCUACUAUCUGCUUAGAUCCCGCAUAUCUCCACCAUUCCAUCUUUCUCAGAGCUGUCCUUUCGCCGUCGUCGGUUCGAUUGCUGGUUUCCUCUUGGUGCAUCGGUGGUUACGAUUCCGGUGAAGAUGCGACUUCUUGGGUUGUUGCUGUUCAAAACCCAGAUCCCCCCACUUCCCUUUCGAACCGAUUUCAUCACCCGGAUACAAGGGCCAACCCAAAACGCGAUCUCUCGCGUACCCCUUGGAAGGUGUGUAGAGCCGGGACAACGCUCCGACUCUGUUGCCUGCACCACCCCCUUCCUGCUCCUUGGUUACUAUUCUUGUGCCUUUGGACUGCUCUGAGAGUUACUGGCUUUUGUGAUAGAUCUGUGAUGUGGGAUUAUGCAUAUUCCUUGAUUUUGUGAUGCACGAAGUAUGUCAGGAUAUCAGAAAACUUCGGAGACAAGCAAAACUGCGCAAAAGAUUUGAAGAGAACGACAAUGGUUUGCUUGGAGAAAAAGAAAAUCAAUUGCAGUUUUUGAGAAGAAAACUGAACAAUGUAGAAUAUGAACUUAGGACCAAAACUAAAGAGCUGGUUGUUGCAAAUGCUGAUAGUUCUUCUCUAAGUAACUUAUUUAAUAAGUUACAUAUUGAGCAAGGUAUCGUAGUGCAGGAAAAUCAAAGUCUGCAGAAUGAGUUGAAAUCAUCAAACAUCAAACUUCAACAGCUACAAUAUGAACUUGACGAAAUGACACAAGAGGUUUUGGCAGGAAAUAACUACGCUAGUGCGUUACAGAAAAGAUCCGAAGAGGCUUUCCUCAACCACAAUCGUUUAUUUGCUGAAAAGGAGAAGCAAUUGCAGUCAUUGAGAACAAGGCUGGACCAACUAGAAUUUGAACUUCAAAAUAAAGAGAGCGAGGUUAAUGUUGCAGAAGCCAAUAAUGAUGUUCUAAGGAACCUAUAUGGAGAGUUACUUGAGGAAAACCAAAGUUUGAAGAGCCAGUUGCAAUCAUAUGACAACAAGUUCAAACAGCUAGAAUCUGAAAUCGACAAGAAGACAGAGUUUGAUCAUGUUUGCGAAUUGCAGUUCUGGAAAGCAACUCUCAGCCAAGUAGAAUAUGACCUUAGGAUGAAAACUGAAGAGCUUGAUGUUGCGGAAGCGAAUAUUACUUCUCUAGGUAACUUAUUGAAAGAGUUGCAUGCUGAGAAAGAUAUUGUAGUGCAAGAAAACCAACAUCUACAAUAUGAACUUUACAGAAGGAAACAAGAGUUUUUGGCUGAAAAUAAUAAUGUUAGUGAUUUACAGAAAAGAUAUGAAGAGGCUUCCGUCAACCACUGUGGUAUACUUGCAGAAAAAGAGAAGCAAUUGCAGUCAUUGAGAAUAAGGUUGGACAAACUAGAAUUUGAACUUGAGAACCAAGAGAGAGAGGUUUGUGUUGCAGAAGCCAAUACUGAUGUUGUAAGAAAACUAUUUGGAGAGUCACUCAUUGAGCAAGGUGUUGUAGUUGAGGAAAACCAAAGCUUGAAGAGCCAGUUGCAGUCAUAUGACAAGAAGCUUAAACAACUAGAAUAUGAAGUCGAGACAGAGACAGAGGCUAAUAUUAUUGAUCUAAAGGAAGAUUUAGAAGAUGAUAUUCUUGAGUAUGAUCAGUUACUUGAGGAGACCAAGAUCUUAAGAAGCCAAUUAGAAUGGGAGAUUGUCACAGACUCACAAAGUAGCCAACAAGAUUAAUUAGGGGAAUUGUAGACCUUUCAAGAUGUUUUUUAGUUAUUUACUUUUCAUGGCAGUUGUUAGGAAAUUCUAUUUUUCACAUUUUAGUUCAUACAAGAAAACAAAAAAUCAUAUAUAUACAUAUUUAAACUAAAAU